GGCUGUAAUCGGAUCUGUCAACCUUACUCCAUAUUUACUUUCUCAAAAAAUAUUUAACAUAUUUAGCGUUUUCUGGUCGAUUUCCGCGCGGAAAACCGCCGAGAUCGUGUGGAAAUGUCCGAUUUUAUCGAAUUGGAGGCUGAGGAAAGUAGCGAGGAGGAAUUAGAGACUAAUGAUCGAAAGAAGUUAAAAAAAAUUAAAAAAGUGCAAGAUAGUAGUGAAGAGGAUGAUGAUGAUGAUGAUGACCGCAUGCAUGAAGAGAUUAAUGAUUUGAUUGAUGAUACACCGAUUCAGGAGAGUGAUGGGGAUUCUGAUACUUCGGCGGGGCCUAAACGAAAAAAAUCUGAUGAUGAAGAGUAUGAUGAUCAAUUAGAGGAUGAAGAUUAUGAUCUUAUUGAGGAAAAUUUAGGGGUUAAAGUUGAAAGAAGGAAAUUUAAACGAUUAAGAAAAAUAAAUGAUGAAGAAAGUGAUAAUGAAGAAGGAGCUGAUAACACUCAAGAUCGUGAGGCAAUUGCAGGGGAAUUAUUCUCAGAUGAUGACAGGGAUGAUGGUCAUGAUGAUGAAAGAAGAUCAGAACGAAGUCACCGACAUGUCACUGAACCUGAACACUUCCCUGAAGAAGAAGAAGAAGGGGAAUACUCUGAUGGGGAUGAUUUUAUCGUUGAUGACGAUGGCAGACCAAUUGCUGAUAAGAAAAAACGGAGAAAACCUAUUUUUACAGACGCUGCUUUACAAGAAGCGCAAGAAACGUUUGGUGUCGAUUUUGAUUAUGAUGAUUUUGCUAAAUAUGAAGAUGAGUAUGAGGAUGAUGAAGAUGAAGAGGAUGAUGAUUAUGAUUACGACGACGAUGGGGAGAGAAGACGCCCCAUGAAAAAAACGCAACGGAAAAAGGCAACGAAAAAAUCGAUUUUUGAAGUGUACGAACCUAGCGAGUUGAAACGCGGGUUUUUUACCGAUUUGGAUAACGAAAUUCGCAAUACGGACGCUCCUGAAAGGAUGCAAUUGAGGGAAGUUCCCAUUACUGUUGUUCCUGAAGAUUCGACUGAGUUGGAUGAUGAAGCUGAGUGGAUUUAUAAACAGGCUUUCUGUAAACCAUCAAUUUCAACACAAGACGCACAUUUAAGCGCGGAAGCUCGCGAGAGACAACGCAAAGGCCCUCAAACGAUUGGAAAAAUUAGAAAAGCUCUCGAUUUUAUGCGAAAUCAACAACUAGAGGUGCCAUUUAUCGCGUUUUAUCGUAAAGAAUACGUACAACCGGAAUUAAACAUAAACGAUUUAUGGAAAAUUUACAAAUACGAUGCGAAAUGGUGCCAAUUAAAAUCGCGCAAAGAAAACUUAUUAAAAUUAUUCGAAAAAAUGCGUUCGUAUCAAAUCGAUCAGUUAACGAAAGACCCGGAUGCGCCGAUUCCUGAGUCGGUUCGCGUCAUGAAAGAAAGCGACAUCGAGAGGUUGAAGAAUGUCCAAACCGCCGAAGAAUUACAAGACGUUCAUAAUCAUUUCGUGUUGUAUUACGCGGCGGAUUUGCCGGCGAUGCACGCCGCGUGGCGGGAAAAAGAACGAGAGAGAAAACGGGCUGAGAAAAAGGCGGCGAAGAUGCAAAGAUUGGCCGAUAAUGAAGAUGGGGUUGAUUUGGGGGAUGAAGCCGAUGAGGAAGACGAUGAACCCGAACCGGAAACGUUGAAGUACGCCAAUAGAUCCGGAUCGUACGCUUUAUGCGUUAAAGCGAAAAUUGGAGCUUUAGCCAAGCGAUUUGGGUUAACCCCCGAACAUUUUGCUGAAAAUUUAAGAGAUAAUUAUCAAAGGCAUGAAGUUGAGCAGGAAGGAAUUGAACCAUCUGAAGUAGCUAAAGAAUUUUUAUCACCUAAAUUUGUAACAGUAGAAGAAGUAUUACAAGCAGCAAAAUACAUGGUAGCUUUACAAAUAGCGCGAGAACCUUUAGUUAGAAAAUGCGUAAGAGAAGUGUUUUUUGAGCGCGCAAAAAUUUCAAUUCACCCCACAAAGAAAGGUAUAAAAGAAAUUGAUGAAACCCAUAAUUGUUACACGUUAAAAUACGUUAAAGAUAAGCCAGUUCGUGAUUUAACCAACGAACAAUUCCUUAAAUUAUCCUUAGCAGAAGAAGAACAACUCAUAAAAAUCACGAUAAAUGAAUCAAUCGAAGGUAGCACAUCAAAUUCGUACAUCGACGAAGUAAAGCAAUUAUACAUUAAAGACGAAUUUAGCAAAAAUGUCCAAGAUUGGAACGCAUUGCGAGUCGAAUGCGUCGAAAGGGCUUUAACGCGAUGCAUUUUCCCCGACUUAAAAAUGGAGUUAAAAAGAAAUUUGUUAAACGAAGCGAAAGAGGCGGUUCUAAAAGCGUGUUGUCGAAAAUUAUACAACUGGAUUAAAUUCGCUCCGUAUAAAACCGAAUUUCCUGAAGAAGAAGACGACGAUUGGGAUACUUCGAAGGGUGUUAAAGUGAUGGGGGUUGCCUACGUACCUGAUUACACCCAAUCAGCUUUUACUUGCAUCGCGAGUCCCGAUGGUGACAUCACCGAUUAUUUGCGUCUCCCACAUUUAUUGAAACGUAAAAAUAGCUAUCGAGAUGAUGAGAAGUUAUUAAAAGAAUCCGAUUUAGCGGCGUUAAGAAAUUUUAUAGCAACGAAAAAACCCCACGUAAUCGCCAUCGGGGGGGAAUCCCGCGAAGCUUUGAUGUUAGUGGAAGAUUUCAAAGGGAUAAUAGCCGAUUUAGUCGAAUCGGAACAAUUUCCAAACAUUUCGGUGGAAAUCGUCGACAACGAAUUAGCCAAAGUUUAUUCAAACUCGCAUAAAGGAACCGCCGAUUUUCGCGAAUACCCCGAAUUAUUACGCCAAGCGAUCUCAAUCGCACGGAAAAUGCAAGAUCCUUUAAUAGAGUAUUCGCAAUUAUGUAACACCGAUAACGAAAUUUUAAGUUUGAGAUAUCACAGUUUGCAAGAACAACUUCAAAAGGAGGAAUUAUUAGAGAAUUUGUAUUUGGAGUUUGUUAAUCGGACGAAUGAAGUUGGUGUUGAUAUUAAUUUGGCGGUUCAACAGGCGCAUAAAAGUCAUUUGGUGCAGUUUAUUUGCGGAUUGGGGCCGAGGAAGGGGCAAGCUUUGUUGAGGGUUUUGAAACAGACUAAUCAGCGAUUAGAAAAUCGUACUCAAUUGGUUACUGCGUGUCAUAUGGGGCCGAAAGUAUUUAUUAAUUGUUCUGGAUUUGUUAAAAUUGAUACUAAUAGUCUUGGAGAUAGCACGGAAGCUUAUGUAGAAAUCUUAGAUGGUUCUCGUGUCCAUCCCGAGACUUACGAAUGGGCUAGAAAAAUGGCAGUUGACGCUUUAGAAUACGACGACGAUGAAGGAGCGAACCCGGCGGGGGCUUUAGAAGAAAUUUUAGAAACCCCGGAACGUCUCCGCGAUUUAGAUCUCGACGCAUUCGCCGAGGAACUUGAACGGCAAGGUUUCGGCAACAAAAGCAUCACUUUAUACGACAUCCGAGCCGAGUUAAAUUCGCGCUACCGCGAUUUACGCCAACCUUACGCAGCACCCGGCCCCGAAGAAUUAUUUGACAUGCUUACUAAAGAGAACCCAGAAACUUUUUACGUGGGCAAAAUGAUUACAGCGAUGGUUUCGGGAAUAACGCGAAGAAAACCUCAAGGGGAACAAUUAGAUCAAGCGAAUCCGGUGAGAAACGACGAAACGGGGUUAUGGCAGUGCCCGUUUUGUUUAAAAAACGAUUUUCCCGAGUUAUCAGACGUUUGGAAUCAUUUUGAUGCGGGUGCUUGUUGCGGACAAGCAACCGGGGUUAAAUUAAAAUUAGAUAAUGGAUUAUCCGGUUACAUCCAUAUCAAAAAUUUGAGUGAUAAGCACGUUUCUAACCCGGAAGAACGCGUUGAAAUCGGGCAAUUAAUUCAUUGUCGGAUGACCAAAAUCGACGUUGAUCGAUUCUCUGUCGAUUGCACAUCGAAAUCGAGCGAUUUAGCCGACAAAAAUAACGAGUGGAGACCCAAAAAAGAUCCUUAUUACGACCACGAUUCCGAAGAAAAAGAAAUGAGACACGAAAGAGAACAAAAACAAAACAAACAAAGACAAACCUACAUCAAACGAGUCAUUGUACACCCUUCAUUUCAAAAUAUUUCUUACGUUGAAGCCGAAAAGAUGAUGUCUGCGAUGGAACAAGGCGAAAUUAUAAUUAGACCAUCGAGUAAAGGGGCGAAUCAUUUAACGAUAACGUGGAAAGUCGCCGAAAAGAUUUAUCAACACAUUGACGUCCGCGAAGAAGGUAAAGAAAACGCGUUUUCUUUGGGGAAAUCUUUAUGGAUUAACGGCGAAGAAUUCGAGGAUUUAGAUGAAAUAAUCGCGCGUUAUGUGACUCCAAUGGCGGGACAUGCUCGCGAUUUGCUUUAUUUUAAAUAUUAUAAAGACAUGGAGGGGGGGUUAAAAGAUAAAGCCUCCGAGUUUUUAAUCGACGAGAAAAAAAAGCAACCCAAUAAGAUUCAUUACGUUAUUAGCGCGUCGAAAAAUUAUCCCGGAAAAUUCCUUUUAUCGUAUCUCCCAAGGAAUAAAGUUCGGCACGAAUUCGUUACUGUAACUCCCGAUGGAUUUAGAUUUAGGGGGCAAAUGUUUGAUUCGGUGGGUUCGUUGUUUAAGUGGUUUAAGGAACAUUUUCGGGACCCCAUUCCUGGAACGCCCGGGACUCCGAGGAUACAAAAAAGUUAUCAACCUGGUGGGGGUGCCACGCCAAGUUUCAAUACUGUGAAUUCGGAGGCAAUUCAAAGAGUCGCUCAAAACCUCCCUUCGCAAUUAAUGCAAACUUUAUCAGCUGUGGCGAAUCAAACUCCGCAUUAUCCCCACACCCCGACUGCUUUUGGUGCUAACACUUAUAUAAAUACGCCAUACACCCCAAGUGGACAAACCCCAUUUAUGACACCCUAUCAAACACCUCACACUCAACAAACUCCACGAUAUGGCCAACAAACUCCAGGGCAACAAAUCCCCAACACCGCCCCACACAUGAAUGGCCCCUUUUUGCAUCCAAGCGCUGUAACCCCAUCGCAACGAACCCCAUCGUAUCGAAGCGUAACUCAAUCACCCGUUAUGCAACCAAGUCCCCAUGCUAGGUAUAACACAUCAAGUAGUGGAGGAGGAGGAAGUGAACAUCAUCGACAAUAUGAAGGUUCAAAAAAUUAUCAUCAUCACGCAAUUGAAUCACCUCGAAAUUAUCAUCACCAAGAUCAUCGCGGAGGAAGUGGGAGUUACAAUUCGGAACGUUCGGGGAGAUACUCAAAUAGUCAGGAGUCGAUGGAUUGGCAAAAAGCGGCGGAAGCUUGGGCUCGAUCGAAACGGGAUGGGGCAACUCCCCGCAGUGAAAGUGGGGGGAAAAAUACCCCACGAUCGGUGGGGACGCGUACGCCUCGUUUUGAAGAGAUGCGCGGAAAAGGGAAAAGUCCCAGAUCGAUGCGGUCGACGCCAAGGACGAAUACGUCCCCACAUUCCAUGUCUUUGGGCGAUGCUACCCCGCUUUAUGACGAAAAUAUUUAAAGAAUUCUUUAAAAAAGACGAUUUUUAUCUUUUUUACUACAGCUGGUAUGAUAAUUAUUAUUGAAAUUGGUUAGGUUUUAUGAUUGUAGGAAAAGUUAUUAGGUUAUGUUGUUCUAAAUUUAGAACUUUCUUAUAAGAUAUGCAAAGAUGUUAUGAUUUGAUAAACCAUUUUCUUUUGUAGUUUGUUAACCGGAAGUUAUUCGAUGUAUAUAAUUUGUUCUUUUUUUUUUAAUUGUAUUAUUGAAGAAUAAAGAUAAUUUUUUUUUUUUUCAUUG